AUGCUUUGUUUGGCGGUAUCCAUGGUGAAUAUUGUCCACGUCCGUUUAGGAUGUUCCGUCAUCCGUUUAAUCACGAGGCUGGUUACGCAGACGGCAGCUAAGACUCCUUGCAAUCCAACUCUACAAAGGGAGGAAUUGCGCCUGACGGCCGAAGAGUUGGAGUAUGUGAAUGCUUGCAUUAAAGACUCUGGCUAUCGGUUCUGGCCGAAGGGAUUGGAAGAGGAACCGUUUGUAGAAGAAGAGGCCUCGGCGAAACGCGUGUCCAAGCGAGGAGCCGGGGCCAAACGCAAGUCAAAUGCGAAUGAGGCCAAACGCCGACGAGUUAGUCCCGUCUUCACCCCGGCCAAAUCACGGAGCACCCGAGGGUCCGUCAAACACAAGGAGUCCGAUGCCGAACAACCCGACUCCCGUGAGAAGACUCCGGAACCCACUGAGGAGACCGCACCACAACUCAAAACACCCACUGCGGAGGCACCCACAGCCAUUGAGGAACCCACAGCCAUUGAGGAACCCACAGCCGUUGAGCCCAAAGUGGUAGAACCCACCAUUGAGGAACCCACAGCCGUUGAGGAACCCACAGCCGUUGAGGAACCCAUAGCCGUUGAGGAACCCAUAGUGGUUGAGCCCACAACAACAAAACCCGCAGCGGCGGAGGAGCCACCAGUGGUUGAGCCCACAGUGGAAGACCAAUCCACUGCCGUUGUCGAUGAACCCGUGACUCAAGAAAAACCUGCGGCCGAGAAAUCCGCGACCCAGAAGUCCCUCGAGGAGCCUGCUCCCCUUGCGGCGGAACUAGCAACUAAACAGCCCGCGGACCCCGCCGUCGUCGACUGUAUCGUUGGUGACGCCACCGCUGGCAAUGCCGCCGUUGACGUUGGUGACGCCACCGUUAUCGACGCCACCGUUAUCGACGCCACCGUUGGCGGGGAGCUAGUGGGUGUAGAGCUAGCUAGUGUAGAGCCGAUGGUUGAAGAGUCUGUUUCUGCGGAACAACAAGUGGCUGGUCACAGGGAGUCAGUUGCGGAAGAGAAUCAGGUAGGGGAAGUGCGGGCGGCGAAUGCUGCCGAAGAUGAGGGGAGGGCAGUCGUGGAGGAGGGCGAACCACAACCGUCGCGGACGCCGAGACGCUCUGUUAGUGAUGCGACUGGGGAGCUUGUGCAGGACACCCAGCUAAUGGCGACCGAGUCAGGUGAAGCUCCUAGUCGCGAGUCCAGCGCUCAGAAACGUGCUACCAACGUUCAGGAGCCAGUUCCGCUUACGGAGCCAGUUCGGACGCGGGUUUCAGAGUCGUCCAGAACACAGAAGUUGUUGAAGUCAGUGCCGCCCCCCAGAGCUCAAGUGUCGGUGGUAACCCGUCAGGAGCCUCCGGUCGUGAUGACAGUGGCCCCCGGGGUGGUUGCCAGUUCCACCGAUGGUGGUCGGACGAAGAUUAUCAAGACGGAGCGGCGGUAUAGUACUUCUACUGAACCAGUCAUCCGUGCUGCCAUGAAGAAGAACGAGUUCAUUGUACACAGCGCCACAGCCACUUGGGAGGAAAGCUGCGGCAAACUCCUCAAUGCGCUCGAAGACGAACCACACAGCAAGUGGUUCGCCAAACCUGUCGACCCUCAAGGGUCUGGUCUUCAAGACUACUAUUCCAAGGUGAAGACACCCAUGGACCUUCAAACUGUUCGGCAGAAGUUGGAAGGGGGAAUGUACUGCCACCCUUUUCGAUGGCAACAUGACAUCAGGACUAUAUUCUUUAACGCCUUCUUGUAUUACCGCCCAGGCGAGCCCGUAUGGCGGUCGGCUGCUGAGCUGUCAGUGAAGUUCGAAAACCUGUGCAAGGAAGUAGUAGAGGUGAAUCCUUACGCAGUGUUCAUGCGUCCGCCUCCGGCGCCGCCGCCGCCGGCGGUCGUUCCGGUGGCAGUGCCGGCGGUUUUGUCGGCGUUGCGGACGGAGGAGUCUGUUGCGGUGGAGCCGGUGGUUCGUCCGGGGGGGUCUAGUAAGCAGCGGCGGGCGGCUUUACCGGUGGGUGUGAAGGUAAAGGAGCCGAAUGGCGUAGUAACGUACAGUGCGGAGUGUUACGGUACUGACUUGGCUAAGUAUUACGAGACGCAUUUGCCGGCAUCUGCGUUGCCGGAGCCGCGUUUGUUACUGAAUAGUACAGAGAUGCAGGGUGGUCGUAACCUGGUGGGAGUGUCUAAUUCUCAGAAGAAGAACUUGCCGGCGCGUUUCCGAGAGUUGGACGUGUUUUACCGAAGGAGUUUAUUAGAUUGGGUUAAGGACGAGUUGGGGAUCCAUCCGUUAUUGUGUGCUCUCGAUGUCCGUUAUAUCCCGGAAUUGGACUUGUUGCCGCCUGUGAAGGCGAAGCAGUUCUUCCAGUAUAUGCGUGCGCUGAUGACGCAGCAGAAACAGGCGCAGGAAGAGCUGUUGUUGCCGACAACAUUGCCCCGCAUUUUGGCUUGGGAUGUAGACAAUGCUGCAAUAAAUCGUGCUGGCAAUGUUGUGACGUCCGAGCGUGCGACGUUGCAGACGGGCGCCAGUAGUCUACCUCCGGGUGCCGGUUUGCGAACUGGCGCUGGUCUGCAGACGCGUGGUGGUGCAUUACUGACACGUGGCCAACUUCCUGGGCCCGCUGUCCAGGAAUCGUCUUGGAAGGUCGUUCAGCGUACUUCUGACGAAGAAGAUGAGGAAGACGAAGCCAGCAGCGAAGCCACCUCCUCAAGCGAAGAGGAGAGCGAAGAUGAACCAGCCCCACCCGUCUGGCAAGGCUGGACCGGCCUCGGGAAACAAAGAGGCGGCCUGGGACUUUGGCCACCAGCACGUCUAGCACCCGAACAACCGCAACCACCACCCGCCAAUAACGCCUCCUGCUGGGGAGAGUGGAAGACAAAACUGAUGCAACGAGAAUUCACCCUCAAGUCAAGGGCCAAUGGUGUCAGUGCCGCCAGCGAACUGGAGGCCAAAGCGGAAAAGGCAGACGCUGAAAUUUGA